AUGGAGUCAAUCAAGCCUCUUUUCAACUUUAUCUUUUACAUGAUUGAGAAGGUCCGUCGUCUUCGUCUUACUAAGGAUGCCAAGGCCAAGUCGGAACGAGCACGACAGCGUGUGAAUGACACCCUGCUCAAGUCCAUUCAAGCGCAGCGCCAGGAGGCAGCACAAAAUCGACGCGACGAACAGCGUCGUGCCACAAAGGAGCGCAUAAUGGCCGAAGAGGACCCUGAAAAGGCGCGAAAACUAGAGGUC